AUGCCAAAAUUUGCUGCACCGAUAGCAAAUGUCACCGUUCCGGUUGGUAGAGAAGCGACAUUAGUGUGCGUUGUAGAUGACCUUGGUACCUAUAAAGUGAGUAAUACAUUACCUAUUAUAUUUUCACCGUUUAUCAAACUUAAAUUUAGGUAAAAUGUGUUAAAAUAUACAAGUGCCGAGGAGAGAUAUACAAAGAGUAAUGGAUGGUCUUUUUUUUAUUUUAUUUUUCAUAAUAUUACUGAAUUUGUUGAACCGUUAAUAGAGAAAUAGAGAAAUAAAAAACUAACAUUUUAUGGAUCUAAAACUUGACCAUUGAAUAAAACCGAUAAAAAUGCAUUUUCGGUACUAAAAAGAAAAAUAAUACUGAAGAUCUUUGGACCAGACAACGAUAAUAUUAUCGAAGAGCGGACAGUCUUCAUUCUUCAUUGGAAACGAAGGAAAAACAGAGAGCUACAGAUAACGUGAGGAGAAAGAUAUCGUCAACAGAGAAAGACUGUGAUGGCCUAAACAAGCACGUAGAAGCCAACACUCACUACUGCGUGUUGGACUGGAGUAGAACUCAAUAUGGGAAAAAUAUAUUUGGAAAAGCCACGGACGAGGUGGGAAGCUGUAUAAAAGGGCGUGGAAACUUUGAACUGAAUUAUAUGAAUUUAGCGAUUGUUAGAGAAGGAUUGCAGGGAAUUGAUUUAUAUUGGUUCUAG